GCAAAACAAAGUAUAGAUGACCUGUGAAAUGGGACGUCACAAAUCAGUAUCAUGUCAAAAUACAAUAAACCAAUAGCUUGACAAACACACACAGUGAAACUAUUUGAUACACGUUCACCGUAAAUCAGCUUCAUAACAAUUUACUUUUCAGUUUAUUCUCCCAAUUGUUUGACACUUAACAAGUAACAUGAAACAAAAUAUGCAGGACCCUCAUUCAAAACUGGUUACAUUUAUGACCGAAUAUAUGGUGGUAAUUGAUUCGAUUCAAUUUUAUCAAAAAGGUGUCACAAAUAACACACACACACACACACAGAUAUAUGUAGAUGAUGUAUUGGUAACUAUCAAACUUGUCAGGUGUAUUGUACUUGAAAUUUCAGUCAUUUCUACUAAUUUGUUUACAACAUUGUGAUAUAGAGUAAUGACUAGAUGACAAUUAGUUGUUGUUACGGCAACGGGUGAGAGGAAUAUAAAUAUGCGAUAAUAUUUGAAACGUUCGAAAAGAUUUGUUACCAAAGGAACAGUGAACAUAUUGAACAAUGCAAAUCAACAAUUUGGCCACACAUAAAUUCAUGUCAUCUCUAUCCAUAUACAUAAUCAUGAUGAGUUGUUGUUGUCAAUUAUCACAAAGUAUCGAUUUGAAUGGAUUGAAAAGUAGCGUUGGAAAAAUAGCAGAUUAUGAGAAGAAAUUAGGACAAGGUAUUCAAUUAGCAAAUAAUUACUUAGGAUCAAGUAAUCUACCUAAAUUAAGCAGACGUCAACUGCAGUCGAGUUUAAUGCAAGGUGUACAAUCAUAUGGCCAACAGCAACCGAUGCAACAACAAUCGCAACAACAGCAACCGCAACAACAACAGACACAGCAACAACAGCAACCACAACAACAACAAUCACAACAACAACAACCACAACAACAACAACAAUACUACUCAUCCAAUAUGAUGAUGAAGAGACAAAUGGGAGGGAAAAUUAACCACAAUUCACAACAACCAAUGAGCGCAUACUCCCAAUAUUCCAAUUCAUACGGAGGACAGAGUGAAUAUGGACAACCCAUUGGUCAAUCACAAAUGAUGAAACGUCAAUAUCAGUCAAAACUAGUACAAGCUUUCCAUCCUUCACAACAAGGUCAACAACAACAACUACUACAACAAUAUGGAUAUCCACCCAUUCAGCAUUACAUGCAAAUGGGAGGGAUAAAUAUGCAACCUGAACAAUUCCCACAUUUUCAACAACCUCAAUAUUACGAUAACAUAGGAUUUGAUGAAAAUCAACAAGACAGUUAUGAGCCUGUUGAUGGGCCAUAUGUAUAUGAUGAAAACGCUGAACAAUCGCUUAUGGGUGGUGUUGUGAAACGUGAAUUGAAAUAGACUGAAAUUAGAUUGAGAAUGGAUGUGUUGGUAAAGAUUUGAAUGGAGAUGAGCAAGAAUGCUGUGAUUACUUAGAUAAAUAUUCACUGUUCAUCUUCGUGUGUUUAAAUAUAAUUGAAUAGUUGC